AUGGAGCACCGACGACUCAUCCACUACGUCCUGGAUACUGUGGUCGGCGUCGCAGGCGCCGCGUUGAGCUCUUUGGUGAUUUAUCUGAGCGUUACGCACGUUAGGAACCGAGCGCUGCGUGCCUACAGCAUCAUGCUGGUUUCGAAUGCGGUGGUGGAUCUGGUGUAUUCGUUGAAUACGAUAUGUACCUUUGCGGUGAGUCCUUUUAUAAUGCGCAUUGUACGCGAUGGAUCGAAAUGUGUUCAGCAGAUGACCCGUACUUGCGGGCAACCACUUCGGGGCAGCAAACAGAAGCAAGGCACGUCAAACUGAGAUAAGCUAAAACAGUCCGGUGAAUGGAUUGGCAAUUUGCCAAAAAAAGACGCCAAAAAAUGUUUUGUCGGGGGAGAAAUGCGGAAUUUUUGGGGCGAGAGAGUGCGCUUUUGCGUGUCUUUUUUUCUCUCUUUCUCUGGAAAUCAAGACGAAAUGUAAAAAACCGAUAGCGAAGAGUCUAUUCCGGUCACCGGACUCCUCAGUUUGACGUGCAAGGUUCUGUAGAUUGCAUUUCUCUCGAUCGCUUUAUAAAUCCUUUCUGCUAUGUGCCAUAUCAGAAGGAUCUUGUGUACUUGUUGGAUUUUUAAUGAGAAAUGGGUUGUUUAGACCGUCAAAAAAUAAAAUCUUGAAAAAAUUCUUGAGGACACCGCAAAUGUUUUGUUUUCAAGACCACAGAAGUUGUAAGUCGGCCUUAAAGGACGAAGACGACAUGGAAAACAUACUAUUUGGCUUUCCUGAGCUCUCUGUAAAUAGCUAUCAGCCUUUCGGUAAAGUAAUGAGCACCCUGUUGCCUCGGGGCGUGCAUCGCCGCCAAAAAAAUGAAUUGUGUCGCUGCAAAAUUAAGUUACUUUCGACACGAUCCGUCAGCAACAAGGGGCUCAUUAUUUUGCCGACAGACCGAUAUUACGGUUUGAAUUCCCAUCUUUUUUCAGUCAUCCGCCUUCGGGAUCCAAGCGGUUUUCAUGACAGUGGACAACCCGUUCUGGCCGAAAACCGUCUUCUGGACUUAUGCCGCCAUCUCCACCAACCUGUUCCUGAUGUUUCUGAGCGUCGCAAUGCUGCCAUUGCAGUUCGUCUACCGCUACGGCGUGAUGAGAGCCAAGCCGUUCAGUAAGAAGCAAAUGUGUGGUUUCUUUCUGAUUUCGCUCUAUUUUGCGACAAUUCACGGGUUCGUUUCGCCGUUUACGUUCAAGCCACCUGGUCCCGAAUGGGAAGCCUCUUUCCGGCAGGCACUCGACGUGAAUCAGGACUAUGUGCUGCCAGGAUAUAUUGUGGGAGAUGUGGUAAGGGUUUGAACGCUAUUGCUAGUCUGUCGGGAAAAUAAUAAGCGCAGUGUCGCUGCGCCGAUUGUGUCGCUGGAAAGUAAUUUGAUGCGAUUUUCAAUACGACAGAAGGCUCAUUAUUUUCCCGACAGAUCAGUAUGCCACAUAUAUUGACUUUCCUUCAGAGGCAGUUCGAUCGAAUGGCUAUUCACUUCAUUCAUAUCUUCGUCAUUGUUGGCGGUUCAUACGCGACAAUCUUAGUCAUGGUCUGGAAGUCUCGUGGGACGGUCGCGUUCCGAGAUCAUGAUCAUUUGUCGAUGGCAACGCGAGCGGUUCAGCGACAAGUCACUCGAAUUAUUUAUGCGCAGGUAAGAGACUGCCGACUUUGUUUAUUAGUCUGUCGGGAAAAUAACGACGCACGGCAACCCAGAGAGUCUGCCUUCUCAUUUCUCCUCGUCAAAAAAAGAGAACUGUCGCGCACCAAAAUCCAGCUUCGGAAGCCGUCGCAAAGCACGGCAAACCGAAAUAGAACAAAAAUAUCUCACGCCCACUUUUGAGUUUCGCCAAACGAAGUGUCACAACUAACAAAAGCAAUAAAAUAAUUUCGAGAAAAAUAUUUUUCCAUCGAAAAACCACACGAAAAAUUCUGUUGUGACAUUUCGUGCGAAUUUGAGCGAUACUGGGUGUGCGAAGUGCCGAAACGAGGAGGGAGACUCCCUGGGUUGCCGUGCAAAGCGAUGAUGUGCGAUUCUAAUGCGGAUCUGUCACUUUUUUCCCGACAGACUACAUUGUGCUUGGCGGGUCAAAAAAUCUUGCCCGUCGGGAAAAUAAUGGGUUCAGUGCCGCUACGUCAAUCGCGUCGCUGAAGUUAAAAAUAAUUUGAUUUUGAAGCGACACAGUUAAUUCUCAUUCCGAUUUUUGAUGCGACAGUCUGCUCAUUAUUUUUACGACACACUGAUAUCCAAAUCCUGCCUCGCCUUUCAAAUAACAUCGAUUUUCAGUCCAUUUACCCGCUGUUCAUAAUGUGCGCUCCAUGCCUUUGUUUUACCAUAUUCUCCGCUCAAGGGAUUCAGGUUCGAAUGUUGGGCGAAUAUGCAAUGCUGUCCAUGCACACGCCUCCGCUUUUCAAUUCCAUGAUUGUGAUUUUGUGCGUGCCAAGCUAUCGACGGUUCUUUUCGCGGCCGGCCGGUGCGGACCGGGUUCAACACCUGUAAGCGUUCAAACCAACCGUGUGAAACAUAUUUUUAGUAUUAUAAUACUAAAAAUAUCUUUCACAUGCUCCUUUGUUCAAUUAAACAAGACGGUUAGGUGGAAAGUUCCAUUAAUCAUUCAUUUGUAGGAAUAAGAAGUUGCUCAAAGCCUACUAUGGGACCAAAGUCACAAUCAGUCAUAUCAGCCGGCCCUCACUGCAUACGGUUCAUUGCCAAAUCUAA